AUUGAUGACAAAAAGGCCCUGAGCGACCGUUGUGAGGAAGUAGUGGGAGAACUCAAGCAGGUGGAUCAGAAAUACACCAAGAAGAUUGCUCAGAUGCAGGAGCAACAUGAGAUGGUGUGGCAAAUUCUGGGUCCCAUGUGUGAGGAGAUUAAGAAGCUGAAAGAGUUAAUGAGUGCCACAGAAAAGAUCCGCCGGGAGAAAUGGAUUGAUGAGAAGACCAAAAAGAUCAAGGAGAUCACUGUAAAAGGUCUGGAGCCAGAGAUUCAGAAGCUCAUCACCAAACACAAGCAGGAGCUGAAGAAACUCCGAGUUCUUCAUGAGGCAGAGCUGCUUCAGGCAGACGAGAGGGCCGCCCAACGUUACGUCAGACAGACCGAGGAAUUACGACAGCAGUUGGAGAGAGAAAGAGAUGAACAGUGCCAGAGAGAGAGAGAACUAGCCAAGCAGAGGUUUGAGAAACAGCUGCAGGAAGAGGAGAACGCACUGCAGCAGCAGAGGAGACGUCUGUAUAAAGAAGUGUCAGAGGAGAAAGAGCGAAUCACACAGCUGGCAGCCAGGCAGCAUUCUGAGCUGGAGGACCUAAGGAAGCAGUUGGAAGAGAACAGCUCUUUGGCAGCAAGAGCACUGAGAGAAGAGCUGGAGAAGAGCAGAGAAGAGCAGGAGAGACGACAUCAGGUUGAAAUAAAGGCCCUGAAGGAAAGACUUGAGAUUGAGAAACAGACAUGGGAAGAAAAUUAUAUGAAAAAAGAGGAAGCAUGGCUGCUGAGCAGAGAAAGGGAACUGAAGGAUGAAGUGCGUCGAGGGAGAGACAAAGAGAUCGAGCUGGCCAUUCAGAGACUAGAGGAGGAGACUAGAGGGGCAAGAGAGGAGUGUGAGAGAGCAUCUGACAACCGGAUAAAGCGUUUGAGGGAGAAAUACGAGGCUGAGCUCCGAGAUCUGGAGCGUUCGGAGCGGGCAGCAUUGCAGAAACAGCAGGAGAUAAGAGAGAAACACAGUGAGAUGGAGACAGAGCUCCUCCGGCUGCAGUCGCUCUUACGACAACGAGAGCAGGAGAUUAGCGACAUUACCCAGGCCCGUGAUAAGUUAUCAGAUGAGCGCCGCAGUCUAGCAGAAGUGAUCAGACAAGAGUUUGCAGAACGGCUUGUAGAGACGGAGGAAGAGAACAGGAGAAUGAAGAAGGAGGUGUCAGAGGCCAAGGCACGACUCCGUUUAGAGGUGGAGCGAGUGACAAGAGAGAAAGAAGAAGAGCUUGCAGAGGUGCAUCAAAGAGUGAAGUCCGCUAUUUUGAAGAAGGAAGAGACUGUUAAUAACCUGCGCAAGCAGCAUGAGGCUGCUGUCAAGAGAGCAGAUCAUCUCGAGUCUUUGUUGGAACAGCAGAGAAAACAGCUGUUAGGGAAAUGAUUGACAAGUUAGGGCUCUGAAACCCCCAAAGCUCCUUCCCUUCUGUCAUACCGUCCUCCUGCACAAAGAAACUUUCACUCUUUAUUUUAUUUGUCAGGUUUCUCUUAUUUCUUUUGGUUGUUUGGAUGAACUGAUGGAUUCUGGAUCGACAUUUUGGUUCCACCAGACUUCUCAUCCAGAAAGGCGGCCUUUGGCAUUCCCAUGGGAACAAGGCAAGAAAUGAGAGAGGAAUUUAAUCUUCUCCGAGAUUCUUGGAGAGCUUUUGUGGGUCUCUCUUUCAUGGAUAUAGCCACCGGUUUCACACAGCCAAAUUAAUUUAAGCAUAGAAAAAAUACAAAAUAAAUCUUCUCACUUGAGUUUAGAUCUAGUGUGUUGAAUCUCAUAAAACCUUGUCCCAUAAACCUGUGCAUAUUUCACCCCAUAAUCAAAAUAUGUAAGUAAGAAAUGUCUUUAAAUUUAAAUUAAGCAAAAAUAAACAGUUUGUAUAUUGCAAAAAAAUAUAUAUUAUUUAAGUAUUGUAUUUAUACAAUGUUUUUUUUUACUUUUUUUUGUGUUAUUUAUGCUUGUAUUAAAUCCCUGUUUAAUAAAAAUGGAAAUUGGAUCACAACUGAGAUUUUAAUGGGAUUUGAAAACAAUCAAAUGGUAGAAAAUGAUGACCGUUUGCAUUGGAAACUGACAAUGCAAAAUGGUUCUAAAAUUCUUUAUCCAAAAUAGCAUUUUUUACAUUUCAUAUUUUGAUUCGGGGGUAAAAUCUGCAUGCUUUUGUGAGUUUCAUCCAAGAAGUGGAAGGCAUUUAAAGAAAGCUUUUGUUGGUCACAGAGGCAUUCACAGUAAACUACUCCAGAUGUUUCUGUAACUCCCUACCCUCUUCCCGUCUCUCUCCAGCACUGGAAUUAGGGAAAUGGGUGGAGAGUACAGUGGACAGGAUACGUGGGAGAGGCAAAGGCUCUAAAAUCGAGAAGUUAACCCUUUACAUUAAAGAGGAGAGGCUUAACCCCCCACCAACACAAACAUCCCUUCUCCCCCUGCCUUUUGUGUGUUGCAUACAGAUGCCUUUUGUCCCGAUACCCCUCUGGGCUAUCUCUAAAUUACAGGAGAUGUCCCAGAAGCCCCCAGGACACCCAAACAUGCUCACACAGAGCCCACAGUGAGGCCCAGUUCUAGUUCAGACAUCAAAGAAGUGAUGGCAGAACAGCUAGACUAUAGAGAUUUUAGAAGGUUUGUUGACAGCGAAGCAGUAGAUGGUGAAGAUAAGUAUGGAGUGUCUCUUUAGAUUGAUAGGGACUGACAGUAAGUUGAGCAGCUCUUACGAUGUGCAGCUGAUUUGCACAAACUGAGGUGAGAGACCUGGUUGAGGUUGAGUUGAGAUGGAUGUAGAAAGUUGGGUAGAUGCAAAUAUCAGAUGGAUAGAAAAUUAGGAGAAUGACAGUGUUUAUGAUUUAGGAAAAGCAGAACUGGGUUCAACAGGAUGUUACACACAGUGACUGUGAUUUACCAAGUAGGACGUUCCUAAAUCAUCGUACAUGGUUAAAUAGUUGCUUGCAAGCAGUGUUAGCUAAAGUAAUUUCCAGUCAUUGAACUAAAAAUAACAUUGAAAUAAAAUAAUUUGUCUUUUAAGCACUAUGGUUACUAAAACUGAAAUAAAUGACAACACUACGAAAGCUAUAAAUACAUGACAAACAUAAAAUAUAUAAAAAGUAAGAGAUUCGGUUAAAAAUAUUUAUAAAUACUAUAGUAAAAUACACUAUAAAAAUUUUGAUUCACACAUUGGUCUGAAUGAAUAAUUAAAAGGAAAAAUCCCAAACAACUGGAAAGAUCAAAACAUCUUGGAUCAGCACCAGCCAGAUGGAUUUAAUAGAAUUAUUAAUAACAUUAGCUUUUAUCAAUGUAUCUUUUCCCUUUGAAUUUAGGUGUAGUCCAUUGUUUGGAAGUUAUUUUUACAUUACAUGAAUGUUGUUCUGGCUUAACACCAAUAUGUUGAUCCAGGAACCUCCUCCUUGGUAAAAUUACAGUGAGCUGGGGGAGAUGUAGCAUGACUGGUAUUGGCUCUGUGGUUCAAAGCACAGCUAAAAGGCCUCCAAUCUCUCUCGUUCUCUCUCCAUAUUCUAUACCAAGUGGUCUGUCCAAAAGAGGAACAGAGACCAAUGCAGUUCAGCAUGGGUUGGGGUGGCAGAGUGGGGGAGGUGCUUCAAUACUCUCACAAGUCUCCAUUGUUUCUUGGGAUAAAGUCCCUACAUUUUUUCUUCCUUUCUUCUAUUGCAAAACUUUUGGUUUUACGAGGAGAUUUUUCUAAAACCUUUCAACUGAACAAUAAUGACACAAGCCAGAAAAGCAGUGAAUGUUUAACCAAACCAGAUGUUUAAUCUGAUUGGGCAACUUUAGGUUUGAUAACCAAAGAGAACUACUUUAUAAAAAGUUCUCUUUAUCUGCAAAACAAACUUUUGUUAGAGAAGUUGAUUUACUUGCCAAACUAAAUUACUUAUCUAAAGUUGAACAGCGUGAGCGAGGUUGUGACCAGCUACUUCCUAAUGUGAAACUGUUUUCUUGUACCAUUUUUUGAUGGAUUUUGUAUAUCAGAUUCUUCCUGAUGUGUGAGCUGUUUAGUGAACGCAGCCACAUCGAAAAGGUCAGAAUGAAAAGUGCCUCAUUCCUGUUCUCUAAUGAGAGGAUCAGGUGUCUCAUUUUCAAGCUGUCCUCGCUAGCAGAACACCGCAGACUCUGCAGUGCGGCUCAAGCAGAAAUACUGAGAUUUCUCUGAGGCAUAAUUUCAUGAGUCACCUGUUGACAUCACAUUUUAAUGUGUGCGUGUGUAUCCAAGGUCAGUUGGAUGCAUUCGAUCAGAAGCCCAGUGUGAGGUUCAAAAUGUUAGAACAUUCUGAGAAUGUUUCAAAUGCAUUUCAUGAAGGUUAGAAGUCCAUUUUGGCAGCAGAUGCAGGUCUUUGGCUGUUUUUCACCUUCAGAUGGCAGCGUGGUUGGCAUGGCCAGAGUUUCUCAGUCCCACUCAUGCCAGUGAACUAUUCUUUUGUGAGUGUAGAGUUUAAUAGCCAAGCGCCGGUCGCCAUUUUACUGGCCUUUUGAAACUGUGGUCUGAAAAAAAAAACACUACUUUUAUUACCUUAAUUAAUGUCUGAUAUCAUUCCCCCUUUUCCUAUUCAUGGUUAAAUUAGGUUUUGUUUUUUUGCAUGUCUAAGUGUAAUUUAAAUGUGGCCUUUAACGUGUAGCUCUUAAUUUGAUUCUUUUACCCAUAUCCUGUAUUUUGUUCCAAGUUUAAUAGCUGUGUUUUCGAAAAAUGAAGAAAAGAAUCUCCACAGUACGAUAAUAAAUCUUGAAAA